AUGGUGCUACAAAAUUUGAAGUUUCCGGAGGAUCUGUUGCUAUCUUCUGUGGGUCUUAUGGAUCCUUAUGUAUGUAAAAUGAGAGAAAGAAUAAGAAGUUGCAUUCAGCAUUCAAUAAUACCUCUCAUAGCCUAUUCCAAGGAGUAUUACAAACACAUGGAUCUGUGGAAACUAAAUGUUGAUGAAUACAUCAGUGAAUAUGAGUCAGAAAAACAUGAAGCUGAUGAAAUCAAAGAUCAAAUUUCACUACUAGCCAAACUAAAGAAGCAUUUGGAACUUACUCUACCAGAACGAAUUUGGAUUGGACCUUUCAUUGUCAUCAUAGACCCACUGAAAAAAUUCCUUGUAAACAAGAGGCAAGACUUGUAUGCAAAAAUGCUGGAAAGUUUUGCAACUCGACAGAGAGAAGCUAUUGAAGAUAUAUUGGAUGAAUUUAAACAAAUAUUUCGUAAGCUACUGGAAAAACCAAAUUCGAUAGAGCAUCUUUUUGAAAUAAAAGAAUGGAUGGAAACUGUACCAGUAACUGUAAAAAACCUGGAAGAAGCUACGAGAAAAAUUGUGAUAGAGUAUGAUAUAUUUGACCAUUUCUGGUACUCGUUGUCUCAAGAAGAUUUUGAAAGCAAAUGGGAAGCUGUUGGAUGGCCAUUACGAGUAUAUGAACAAAUAGAUGAGACAAAUUUGUUCCAUGAGGAGGAAAUAGAAAGGCUUCACAAAAUCCAAAUAGAAGACGAAUUUGCUUUGUAUGCCAGACUUGAGCAGAUAACAGUUCAAGUCAGUCAAAUGGCCAGAGAGACUGAUAUAGCUAAGGCUCACGAACUGGCUGUGGAAGUUAGACGUAUGUGGAAGGCAAUGAAAGAGACUCAGGAACAUGGCCAGCUGCUGAAUCAGAGACAAAGGCUCUUUGGUGAUCCUAUAACUCCUUUUGAUGCACUUGUGAGGCUCAUUAAGGAAUCUGAACCAUACAGAAAUAUGUGGCUUGCAACAUCAGAUUGGCUACGGUGGUAUGAUAUCUGGAUGGACAACCCUCUUAUUAACAUAGAUGGAGAGAUGAUUGACAAAAUGGUUUCUGAAAUAUACAAGACUAUGCAGAAAUCUAUCAAAGUGUUCGCUGAUAUACCUGGUGUCCAAGCUAUAGCUAUGCAAGUAAGAGACCAAAUGGAAGAGUUCAAACCUCUAAUCCCAAUCCUCCAGGGUUUGAGAAAUCCAGGAAUGAAGCAGAGACAUUGGAACCAGCUAAUUGCUGAAACAGGUAUUGAGCUUGAAUAUACUCCCAACCUCACAUUCAAUCAAUGUCUCGAUUUGGGGCUUGCUGACCAUGUGGAAGUAAUGACACAGAUAUCAGAGACAGCUGCAAAGGAAUAUGCCAUUGAAUUAACAUUGAAUAAAAUGAAGGGAGACUGGGCCCACAUAGAUAUGGAAGUAACACCCUACAAAGCCACAGGCACUUACAUAAUGAAGAUUGCGGAUGAAAUAACUCAGAUGCUUGAUGAUCAUAUUGCUUUGACCCAGCAGGUUUCAUACAGUCCUUACAGACCAGCAUUUGAAGAAGAGAUUACUGAUUGGGAGGAAAAACUGCAUCUGACUCAAGAUGUGUUAGAUGAAUGGGUAGAAUGUCAGAAAGAAUGGAUGUAUCUGGAACCAAUAUUUACGAGUGAGGAUAUAAAUCGACAGCUACCUGUUGAAAGCAAGAAGUAUAACACCAUGGAUCGAAACUGGAAAAGGAUUAUGAAAGGUGCAUUUGACAACCCUAAGAUUAUGGAAUAUUGUCCUGACAAAAAGCUACUCACUAGCUUGCGAGAAUGCAAUUAUCUCCUUGAGCAAGUUCAGAAGGGACUGUCUGACUACCUGGAAACAAAACGGUCUGUUUUCCCACGAUUCUACUUUUUGAGUGAUGAUGAGUUACUGGAGAUCCUUGCUCAAGCAAGAAAUCCAACUGCUGUGCAACCUCACUUACGUAAAUGCUUUGAAAAUAUUGCAAAGCUGAAAUUUGAGGACGAUCUUCGAAUUACCACCAUGUUCUCAGCAGAAGGUGAGAGUGUUGAGCUUAACCCAUUUAUGUAUCCAGUGGGGAAUGUGGAAGAUUGGUUGCUGAAAGUUGAAGAAAUUAUGAAGAACACAGUCCGCUUAACUCUGGGAGCUUCCCUGAAGGAAAUUAAUGAAAAGGAUCGCAAUCAAUGGGUUCUUGAGUGGCCUGGUCAAGUAGUUAUUGCUGGUUCUCAAACACACUGGACAGAAGGUGUUGAGAAAAGUGUUCUUAAAAACUGCUUAGAAGAUUACUAUGGCAGUAUGCUGAAGCAGCUUGAUGGUCUGAGGCAGUUGGUGAAAGGGCCCUUAAAGCGCAUUGAGAGACAAGUGCUUUCUGCUUUGAUUGUUAUAGAAGUUCAUGCAAGAGAUGUCACAAGUACUUUAGUGUUACAAAAUAUUUCAAAUAUAAAUGAUUUUGACUGGAUUAGUCAGCUAAGGUAUUAUUGGGUAGAUGACUCCCAACUCAAGGUGCGUGCUGUCAAUGCAGAAUUCCAGUAUGGUUAUGAAUACCUUGGCAACAGUGGACGGCUGGUGAUUACACCCCUGACAGAUCGUUGUUACCUCACACUGACUGGUGCUUUGCAUCUCAAAUUUGGUGGCGCACCUGCAGGACCUGCAGGCACUGGCAAAACAGAAACAACAAAGGACUUGGCCAAAGCAUUUGCUAUACAGUGUGUUGUGUUUAACUGUUCAGAUCAGCUUGACUAUAUGGCUAUGGGGAAGUUCUUCAAAGGGCUUGCAAGUUCAGGAGCUUGGGCUUGCUUUGAUGAAUUCAACAGGAUUGACAUUGAAGUGUUAUCAGUUAUUGCUCAGCAGAUAACUACAAUACAAAAGGCACAGCAAGCACGACAAGACAGGUUCCUGUUUGAGGGCGUUGAAAUUGCGCUGAAACAGUCUUGUGCCGUAUUUAUAACAAUGAAUCCAGGUUAUGCGGGACGAACAGAACUGCCUGACAACCUUAAAGCCCUCUUCCGACCUGUUGCAAUGAUGGUGCCAAAUUAUGCACUCAUAGCAGAAAUUUCUUUGUUUUCAUUUGGCUUUUCAGAUGCCAAAGAACUUGCCAGAAAAAUAACCACUACAUUUAAGCUGAGUUCAGAACAGCUUAGUACACAGGAUCACUAUGAUUUUGGAAUGAGAGCUGUGAAAACAGUUAUUGCAGUUGCUGGUAAUCUGAAACGUGAAAUGCCUGAUAUGGAUGAAAGGCAAAUAGUGCUGAGAUCUUUGAGAGACGUUAAUGUGCCAAAAUUUUUAAGAGAUGAUCUGAAACUUUUUAAUGGAAUAGUCUCAGACUUGUUCCCACGAAUGGUAGAACAAGCUAUUGAUUAUGGAGAAAUGGAAAAGGCCAUCUGCAAGUCUUGUCUUGUCCUACAAAUGGAAGUUGUUCCAGAAUUUGUGAAAAAAUGUAUACAGUUGUAUGAGACAACUGUUGUGCGUCAUGGACUGAUGCUGGUUGGCCCUGCUGGUGGUGGAAAGACAAAGUGCUAUGAAGUCCUAGCCCAUGCUCUAACAAGUUUGAAAGGGAAACCAUCUCCAAGUGGGUUACCAUUUGAAAAGGUCCAUACGUAUGUGCUAAACCCCAAGUCCAUCACACUGGGACAGUUAUAUGGUGAGUUUGAUGCCCUCACUCAUGAAUGGACAGAUGGCAUACUGGCAAGUCUAGUACGUGGUGGAGCAUCAGCUGAAGAUGAUGACAAACGCUGGUAUGUGUUUGAUGGUCCAGUUGAUGCUGUGUGGAUUGAAAAUAUGAACACUGUCCUGGAUGACAAUAAAAAGCUCUGCCUAACAAGUGGAGAGAUUAUUAAACUGCAGGAGUCUCAAACAAUGAUGUUUGAGGUGGCAGACUUGGCUGUGGCAUCACCAGCAACUGUAUCACGUUGUGGUAUGGUGUACCUGGAUUCAGGUGUUCUUGGAUUACAACCUCUUAUUGACUGUUGGCUGCGAAGAGGACUGCCACAACUGGCUGUUCAGUAUAGAGAACAACUGCGAGAACUGACUGACAAUUAUCUCUUUCCUGCUCUCACUUUCCUUCGGUCUGGAUUGACUGAAAUAGUUGCAACACAAGACAAUGCCCUUGUGUUUUCAUACAUCAGGAUGGUCAAUCAUAGACUGCGGCCUCUUGCUAAUCCUGAAGGAAAGCCACCACCCGCACAACCUUUUCUGGAUUUGAUGCGGUUGGUUGGAGCAAGAAAUAUGGAGUUGCAGUUUCUAUUUUCAUUUGAUGGUGUUCUAAUAGGAUUUUUAUUUGAAGAUUUUAUGUCAGAGAGUAAUUUUUCACUAAUAUUUGCAAAACUUCAUGAUGGUGGUUUCACAGACACAACUCCAGAUGGUGAACCAUCUGUUCCUAUGUGGCAACACUGGUUGAGUGGUGUAGAAGAGUAUAUAAUUGGUCCCGAGACGAAAUUUGAAGACAUUGAAGUACCUACAAUCGACAAUGUUCGAUCAAGUGCAUUAUUAGCCAUACUGGUAACAUGUGAACACCAGGUUCUAUGUGUGGGGCCUACAGGAACAGGAAAGUCAGUGACAGUAGCAUCAACACUUUCAAGAGGCUUGCAUCGUCGAUUUCUUUGUGAAUUCUUGGCCUUCUCAGCACGGACAUCAGCCAAUCAGACACAAGAUCUGAUAGACUCAAAAUUGGACAGAAGGCGAAAAGGUGUUUUUGGGCCACCACUAUUGAAGCGACUUGUUUUCUUUAUCGAUGACCUUAAUAUGCCAGCCCUGGAAACAUUUGGGGCACAACCACCUAUUGAACUAUUGCGACAGUGGAUGGAUUUUGGAGGUUGGUAUGAUAUAAGAAACAUUGGUGAAUUUCGUACGCUUGUGGAUGUGAUUUUUGUUGGGGCCAUGGGCCCUCCUGGUGGAGGACGGAAUCCAGUCACUGCUCGACUUCUCAGGCACUUUCAUUUCCUCAGCUUUCCUGAACUUGAAAAUACAAGUAAGGUUCGAAUGUUUGGAACAAUUGUGUCAUCAUGGCUUGGCCGUUGUUCUACAGUGGACAAAAGCAUGGAAACAGCUGUUGUAUCAGCAACAAUGGCAGUGUAUAGUGCAAUUGAAUCAGAAAUGAGGCCUACUCCUGAUCGUACCCAUUACACAUUUAACCUUAGAGAUUUAGCACGUGUUUUCCAGGGCCUUCUAAUGCAUGUACCAGGAGAAAUUAAAGAUGCCCAUCAUAUGUUACGCUUGUGGUAUCAUGAAUGCUGUAGAGUGUUUCAAGAUCGCCUUGUGAAUGACCAGGACCGAAACUGGUUUGAUCAGCUGCUAAACCAGCACAUCGAAGCAGACUUUGAAGCAGAUCCUGAUGAAGUUUUGGGUGACAGAAAUAUACUGUUUGGUGAUUUCAUGGAUCAGAUGGCAGAUGUUCGGCUGUAUGUAGAGAUAACAGAUAUGACUAAGCUGUCAAGAGUUCUUGAAGAAGCUCUGGCUGAUUACAACUACUCAAGCACUGCACCAAUGCGCCUUGUACUUUUUACUGAUGCAGUACGACACACUUGUCGCCUGGCACGGAUUUUACGGCUUCCUCGUGGGCACGCACUUCUCCUUGGAGUUGCAGGUUCUGGCCGACGGUCAUUGGCACGGCUGGCUACUCAUGUUGCUGGGUUGGCUGGUUCUGAACUGCAAAUGAGUCGAACAUAUGGUCUGUCGGACUGGCGUGAUGAUGUGAAGUCUAUGCUCCUGAAUUCUGGUGUCCAGGGUCGACAAAGUGCAUUCGUGUUCUCAGAUACUCAGAUUAAGUUGGAGUCCUUCCUAGAAGAUGUUAACAGCAUUCUUAACUCCGGUGACGUUCCUAAUUUGUAUGCAGCAGAUGAUCUGGAACGCAUCAACCAGAAAAUGCGUGGUUUUGUGACAGAGAUGGGACUCCCACCAACCCCAGCUAACCUAUUUUCAGCGUAUGUGAAACAAGUUCGCGCAAACUUUCAUUGUCUUCUGACAAUGAGUCCCAUUGGAGAGGUGUUCCGUGCACGUCUUCGACAGUUCCCUGCCCUUGUUAACUGUUGCACAAUUGACUGGUUUAGUGCAUGGCCUGAAAGUGCUCUUCAGUCUGUUGCUAUGCGGUUUAUGGAUGAGAUGCCAGAACUUGAUGUUACCGAAGAAAUACUGAAUGGUAUUGUAAUCACAUGCCAGUACAUGCAUCAAAGCUCAGCAGAUGCUAGUGAACAGUACCUGCAGGAGUUGUCACGACAUAAUUAUGUGACUCCCACUAAUUAUUUGGAGCUUCUGUCAAGUUUUCAGCGACUAUAUGGUACCAAAAGAGGAGAAUUGGCAAAUGGCAUUAAGCGGCUUCAAACAGGGCUUGACAAGCUUCUGAGCACUGCUGAAGAAGUGAAGCAACUUCAAAUAGAGCUAACAGCAAUGAGACCAGCACUUGAAGUAGCUGCCAAAGAGGCUGCAAAGAUGCUGGAGAAAAUAGCUGAAGACACUGCAGUAGCAGAGGAAACAAAGAUAGUUGUUCAAAAGGAAGAACAGGCAGCAGCUGUUAAAGCUGAGGAAACACAGGCCAUUGCAGAUGAUGCACAGCGUGAUCUUGAUGAGGCAAUGCCAUUGUUAAAUGCAGCUGAAGCCAGCCUGAGAGCAUUGAAUAAAGGAGAUAUCACUGAAGUCAGAGCACUCAAAAAGCCCCCUGCAGGGGUUCAUCUUGUUAUGGAAACAAUCUGUAUUGUCAAGGAUGUCAAACCAAAUAAGAUCCCAGGAAAAGGUAUUGGUGAGAAGAUAUUGGACUACUGGGAGCCAGGAAGGGGACUCCUUGCAAAUCCAGAUCACUUUCUGAACUCACUCAUGAAUUUCGACAAAGAGUCAAUAACAGAGGAGAUUAUCAACAAGCUUGAGUCAUAUGUAGUAAAUCCUUUAUUUCAGCCAGAGAAGAUAAUAACAGUAUCAAAGGCAUGUACAUCUCUUUGUAUGUGGGUGCAUGCAAUGUACAAAUAUUAUUUUGUAAAUAAAGCUGUGGCACCUAAGAAGGCAGCUCUAGCAAAGGCAAAGGCAGAACUGGAGGCAACUGAAAGAGCAUUAGCAGCAGCCAAAGCUAAAAUGAAAGCGGUACUCGAUGGCCUUAAACUGCUUCAAGACACAUUAGAGAAAACAGAAGCUCAUAAAGCUGAUCUGGAGGCAAAGAUGAAACUUUGUGAGGAACGAAUGGGACGAGCAGUGAGGCUUAUAUCUGGACUUGCAGAUGAACGGGAACGUUGGGGCAUAUCAGUGAAAACUCUCUCUGAAUCUGUUAUCAAUGUUGUUGGAGAUGUGUUGCUCAGUGCAGGUGCAGUGGCAUAUUUGACACCAUUCACUGACAGUUAUCGUCGCAAUCUCAUAUCGAAGUGGAUUACUUUGGUGUCAGAACGUGCCAUACCGCAUACAGACAACGUCUCGCCAGUUUCUACAAUGGGGGAUCCAGUACUCAUUCGCACUUGGCAGAUCUUUGGCUUGCCGAGAGAUACACUGUCAGCUGAGAAUGCUGUUCUGGCUUUCAAUUCCCGACGGUGGCCGUUGUUUAUAGAUCCUCAGGGCCAAGCAAACCGUUGGGUGCGUAAUAUGGGAAAGGAGUCAGGUAUGUCAAUUGUAAGGCUGUCAGAUUCAGACCUGCUACGGACACUGGAAUCUGCUAUACGUCUGGGCAAGCCAUGCCUCAUUGAAAAUGUGGGUGCAGAGAUAGAUUCUGCUUUGGAUCCAGUGCUUCUUCGACAAGUAUUUCAACAGAGAGGCACAGAUAUGCUAAAGUUGGGUGAUAGUGUAAUACCUUACAACCAUGAUUUUAGGUUGUACAUUACAACAAAACUUCCAAAUCCUCAUUACACACCUGAACUCACUGGCAAGGUUAUGUUGGUCAACUUCACUCUAGUGCCAAGUGGCUUACAGGAUCAACUGUUGGCACUUGUUGUAAUGCAGGAACGGCCAGAUCUGGAGGAGGCACGUAGUUCACUUAUUGUAAGCAGUGCACAAAUGAAAAAUGAACUCAAAGAAAUUGAGGAUCGAAUCCUGCACAGAUUGAGUGUGUCAGAGGGCUCACCUGUAGAUGACAUUGACCUUAUUGUCACUCUUGAGGCAUCUAAAGUCAAAAGUGAGGAGAUAAAGCAAAAGGUGAAAUCAGCAGAAGAGACACAAAUUAAUAUUGAUAAUACAAGAGCACUGUAUAUACCUGUUGCAAACCGAGCACAAAUACUCUUUUUCUGUGUAUCAGAUCUGGGCAAUAUUGAUCCCAUGUACCAGUAUUCAUUAGAAUGGUUCAUCAGCAUAUUUAUUGGGAGCAUGACCAAUACAGAAGCAUCAGCUGACAUAAAUGAAAGAGUGGAGAAUAUUAAUAAUUACUUUACAUUUAGUUUAUAUUCCAAUGUCUGCCGAAGUCUAUUUGAAAAACACAAGAUGCAUUUUGCAUUUCUUUUAUGUGUAAGAAUAUUGAUGGAUGAAGAAAGAAUAGAUCCCAUGGAAUGGCAAUUCUUAUUGGCAGGGGGAAACCCUCUACAGGAGGUUGAGAAUCCUGCCCCAGAAUGGUUAUCAAGCAAAUCUUGGAAAGAAAUAAUGUCCCUUGAAGCACUUCCAAAAUUUAAGCCAUUUGUAGAUUCAUUUGUGUCUCAGUUGGCUGGAUACAAAAAGAUAUUUGAUUCGUUGGAGCCACACAAGGAGCCUUUACCUGACCCAUGGGAGUCAGAACUGGAUGAAUUCCAGCACUUACUAAUCCUGAAAGCAUUACGGCCAGACAAGGUUACAAAUUCAAUGCAGAUAUAUCUUAGCCAUAACCUUGGUCAACAGUUUGUUGAACCACAGACAACUGAACUUUCUGCCAUGUACAAGGAGUCAGGUCCUGCAGUGCCACUGAUAUUUGUACUUUCCACUGGGACAGAUCCAGCUGCAGAUCUUUACAAAUUUGCUGACAAGAUGAAAAUGGGAAAACGCAUGUUUGUGAUAUCACUUGGGCAAGGACAAGGACCCAGAGCUGAAAGCAUGCUGCUGAAUGCACUUGAGAUUGGAAACUGGGUCUUCUUUCAGAACUGCCAUCUGGCACCAAGUUGGAUGCCACGGCUUGAGCGACUCAUUGAAAAUAUUAGCCCUGAGAGUUCACAUAAGGAAUUUCGUGUCUGGCUUACAUCGACGCCAUCACCAUCCUUUCCUGUUUCAAUUUUACAGAAUGGUACCAAGAUGACAGUUGAACCCCCCAGAGGAGUUAAGGCAAACAUGAUUCGUGCAUACAGCAAUCAAGUCACAGAAAUGGCAGGCUACAUAAGCUCCGAUGGAGUAAAAGUACCUAUUUUCAAAUGGCUUCUUUUCUCACUGUGUCUCUUCCAUGGUGUAUGCCUAGAGAGACGUAAGUUUGGACCUCUUGGUUUCAACAUACCAUAUGAGUUCACUGAUGGAGACCUCCGUAUUUGCAUUUCACAGCUUCACAUGUUCUUGGAGGAGUAUGAAGACAUCCCAUUUAAGGUUCUCAUGUACACUGCUGGUCACAUUAACUAUGGUGGUCGAGUCACAGAUGAUUGGGACAGGAGGUGUAUCAUGAAUGUUCUUGCUGAUUAUUACAGAAUUGAAGUGUGCGAUGAAAAUCAUCAGUUUGAAGAGACUGGAAUCUACCAUCAGUUGCCUGCAGAUGCACUACUUGCAGACUAUGUAGAUUACAUUCGUACGUUACCACUGAAUGAUGAUCCUGCACUUUUCGGGCUUCAUGCAAAUGCAGAUAUCAGCUAUGCACAAAGUGAGACAUACAGCUGCCUAGCAACAUUACUAGCUCUCCAGCCUCGUGUGGUUGGAGGGGAAGCACAGAGCCAAGAGGAAGUAACUUCGUCCAGUGCCAGAGCAGUACUGCAGCAAGUUCCACAUCCUUUCAAUCUGUCUCAUGUAUCAGAAAAGUAUCCAGUGCUGUAUGAGGAAUCGCUAAACACAGUAUUAGUGCAGGAAGUCAUUCGAUUUAAUCGUCUGCUGAAAGUAAUCCAUUCAAGUCUACAAGAACUGCUUCGAGCUCUGAAAGGCCUUGUUGUGAUGUCUGAAGCACUAGAAAAUAUGGCCUACAGCCUCUACACAAAUAUAGUACCUUCUAUGUGGUCCAGCAAGGCUUAUCCCUCCCUCAAGCCUCUAGGUGCUUGGGUGCAGGACUUGAUUGCCAGGAUCAAGUUUCUUCAAGAUUGGAUUGAUUCUGGUAUACCUGCUUGUUUUUGGAUUUCUGGCUUUUUCUUCCCACAAGCCUUCCUUACUGCAACAUUACAGAACUACGCUAGAAAGUAUGUAGUGUCCAUAGAUUCCAUUGGUUUUGGAUUUAAGGUGCUAGAAAAUUUCCCAGAAAAGAGACCAGAGGAUGGCUGUAGCAUCUGGGGGCUAUACCUGGAAGGAUGUAGAUGGAGUCAUGUAACUCAUCUCUCAGAAUCAAAACCAAAGGAACUGUAUACAGAUAUGCCUCCAGUCUGGCUGAUUCCUGAAGUGAAUCAUGUGACUGCUGAAACUGGUAUCUAUGAGUGUCCUGUUUACAAGACACUGACAAGAGCUGGCACUCUGUCGACGACCGGUCACUCCACCAACUAUGUACUCGCUAUAGAGUUGCCAACUGAUAAGCCACAACGUCACUGGAUAAAAAGGGGCGUUGCACUCAUAUGUGCACUUGAUUAUUAGAAGUAAAAUUGCAACCAUGCAUGUCACACAAUGUACAUGUCACUAAUAGGAUAUUGUAGUCCUGCUUGUCACACAAUGCACAUGUAGCUAACAGUGUUCUCAGAUAUAUAAGGAGAAUUACAAUUGUAGCCCUGCAUGCUACGGAGUGUGUAUGCCACUAGAAAUGCACUUUUCUGUGUAAGGGAACAAUUGUAGCUCUACAUGUUACAUUAUGUACGUGCCACUAAUGAUGCACUCAUAUGUAUAAGGAAAAUAAUUGUAGCCCUACAUGUUACAGUAUGUGUGAGGCACUGACACUUCUCUCAUAAGAUAAGGAACACAAUUGUAGUCCUGCAAGUUACAGUAUGUAUAAGCCACAAACAAUGCACUCAGGUAAACAACAAUUGUAGCCCUGCAUGUUACAGAGUGUAUUUGUCACUAACAAUGGACUUUUAUGU